GCGGGAGUGAAUAAACCCGAUAUUUGGCAUUUUGUCCCUCCAUAACGUCAUGGUACAAGGUUUCCGAUGAUGCCCCAUCCUGCGAUUCCGGCGAUACGGUGUAUAAAUCACAUACAAAGCAGUCGGCCACAGUCACAAAUUUCAAUAUUAUAUUCGUGAUCUCACAGCUAUAUUUUUCAUAUGAAUCGGAUGGUUGUCUGACGCUCAGCAUUGCUGUGUACCAGUAAGAUAUUUAUAGUGCAUAGAGUGCAAUUUUAUGUUCCAGUGAUCUCGAUAAGGGUUACUACCCUACUGAUUUAAAAUGCGGUGGUGUCAGAACUGCCCUACAACUAUUAUCUACAUAGUGCUGCCAGUUUUAUUCGAUAUCUGUUACACUGCCUCCUUAAAAGACGUAUUUCAUUUAGACACCAGCAAACUAAACAGAGUCCCACGAGAGGAUAAAUCAUAUUUAGAUAGAUAUGGGGGAAAUGUAGCCAGCGAGUCUGUGUUGAACACAAGAACUAUUAAACCUGAAGACUCCUCGGAUACCCGAGAUCCCUCCAGCACGAACUUGGGAAAGAGAUGUAUUAGGUGCGAAGGAGGAAGAUAUCCUCCUGACCCCUACGAUAGGAGGGGUUCUUAUGAUGACAGAGGAGGUUAUAGGGAUAGAUAUGACGACAGAUAUGAUGAUUCCAGGUAUUACCCUUAUUAUAGAGACCGAUACUACGACAAGAAAUACGAUCCCUACGAUCGCUACUAUGAGAGAUAUGAUAGAUACGAUCAACGAAGAGACUACUAUGACAGGGAUAGAGGGUAUGGAGAAAGAGAUCGCUAUGGCGCUGGUGAUAGAGAUCGUUAUGGUUCUGGCGAUAGAGAUCGUUAUGGUUCCGGCGAUAGAGAUCGUUACAACGAUAGAGACAGGUACUAUGAUAGAGGAAUAGGAUAUGACAAUAGGGGAUAUGAUUAUAGGGACUACAGAGACGGCGGCUACAGGGAUCGAGAUAGGGACUAUUACAGGCCGUCAUAUUAUGAUGACAGGGAUGAUUUCUCCAGCAGGGGUUACGAAAGGAAGCCGUAUUAUUAUGGCAGUGGUGGAGGAUACUGGGGCGGCGGCUACGCUAGUAAUUGGAAUUACGGAGGAGGCAGGGAUGAUUACAGGGAUAGAUACGCAGAUGACCGUUACAGAUACAGAGACCCAUAUGAAGGGUACAGAGCCACAAGUUACUUAUACGGCCGACCAUCAACAGCACCCAUUUCCAACACGACACAGAAACCAAACAGUUCCGAUAAUACAGAAUCACCUAGUAACAGUAGCUCGGGCUAAAAGAAAGAGUAAUAGCUAAAUUGUGUGGAUAUAACUCGUACUUACCUUUUAAUUAUGUAUCUCACUAGCACUGCCAUUUUCAUCCUUCUGAAUGUAUAGAGAUAAGUAAAUAAAUACGGUUCACUUAUUAUAUUUAAAUAGACAUACAAUCGAUGGCUAAUCGAAAUAGAUAUUAAGAUAAACUUCUACUCGAUACCUUUUUUGUUGAGGAAGAUAAUACAACCAUUCGUACAUUUUUCAAUUUUGUUGAAUUAAUUAAAAUCAGAAAGGAUAUCCUUGCUUCAUCUUGAAGGUUGUCAAAUGCCAAUCAUUUGUGAAAUCAGCCACGAAGUAUAAUUUUUGAAUAUGUAUGUUCUGAGGAAUAACACAAUUUCAGAUAAAACGAGUUAUUUCCAUUUCCUUCGACUAAAAUUCAGAAUUGAAUAUUGAAUUUAUAUAUAGAAAUAAUGAAUUUGUAUCUUAAUUAUAAUAA